AUGUCGAGCCAGAACCUUUCACUAGCAAUCAACCCCACGCUGCAUACCCCGCUCUGGGCACCUCCACCGCGGGCUGCUGAACCUGCAGACCUCUUGAAGGUAUUAGAUUUUCAUAAUUUACCUGAUGGUAUAACAAAAACAACAGGGUUUUGCACAAGCAGAAGAUCUUCAAAAGAAGCAGAUGUUGCUUAUAGAGUAACAAAAGAUGCUCAACUUAGUGCGCCGACAAAGCAGCUGUAUCCUGCUUCCCCAUUCCCAGAGGACUUCUCCAUUCUAACCACUGUAAAAGCGAAGAAAGGAGGUCAGUCCUUCUUGAUCUCAAUUUACAAUGAGCAAGGGAUCCAGCAAAUUGGUGUGGAGAUGGGUAGAUCUCCUGUAUUCCUGUAUGAAGACCAUACAGGAAAGCCAGGCCCAGAAGACUAUCCUCUCUUUAGAGGCAUUAACCUAGCAGAUGGCAAGUGGCACAGGGUAGCUAUCAGUGUGCAGAAGAAAAAUGUCACCUUGAUUUUGGACUGUAAAAAGAAGAUAACCAAGUUCUUGGACCGAAGUGACCAUCCCAUCAUUGACGUUAACGGCAUCAUUGUAUUUGGAACAAGGAUAUUGGAUGAGGAAGUCUUUGAGGGUGACAUCCAGCAGCUCCUCAUCGUGGCAGACCCCCGAGCAGCCCACGACUACUGCGAGCACUACAGCCCCGACUGCGACACCGCCAUCCCCGACUCCCCCCAGUCCCAGGACCCCAACCAGGAUGAAUACUACACCGACGGGGAGGGAGAAGGUGACACCUACUACUACGAGUACCCCUACUAUGAAGAUGUUGAUGAAGCGGUAAAGCCCGAAGCACCCACCACCAAACCUGACACUCCCGAGGUGGCGGCUGGAGAGAGACCUGAGACCAAGCAGGACUAUCCUGCCCCCACGCCAUCACCUGAUGGAGGGGACCCCGGCAAGCAGUUGAAAGGGGAUGCUACGGUGGAUGACCCCCUCGUGGACGAGUACAACUACGAAACCAUUAACGAAGAGUACUUCACGCCUCUCCCCUACGAAGAUGUCAACUACAAUGAAGAAGUAGACCCCCAGGGCGGACUCACUGAAAACGCCGUGGAAGCCGAACUCCCCACGAGUACCGUCAUCACCUACAACGAGACCGAUGCUGCUCAAGGAGGAGACGACCUGGAUAAAGAUUUCACCGAGGAAACAAUAAAAGAAUAUGAUGGGAAUUAUUAUGAUAACUAUUACGACCGAACAGUCUCUCCCGAUAUCGGCCCCGGCAUGCCUGCUAACCAGGACACCAUCUACGAAGGGAUCGGUGGCCCCCGGGGCGAGAAAGGACAGAAGGGGGAACCUGCGAUUAUUGAGCCGGGCAUGCUGGUGGAAGGUCCACCCGGUCCCGAAGGCCCAGCAGGCCUUCCAGGACCUCCAGGACCAACUGGACCUGUGGGCUUAAUGGGUGACCCUGGGGAGAGAGGACCACCUGGUCGCCCAGGUCUUCCAGGAGCAGAUGGUUUACCAGGGCCACCAGGGACAAUGCUUAUGUUGCCUUUCCGCUUUAGUGGAGGAGGAGAUGCUGGCUCUAAAGGACCUCUCGUUUCAGCCCAGGAGGCCCAAGCCCAAGCCAUCCUGCAACAGGCCAGGCUGGCGCUGAGAGGACCAGCGGGUCCGAUGGGUCUGACGGGGCGCCCGGGCCCCAUGGGACCCCCGGGUAGUGGAGGACUAAAGGGAGAAGCUGGAGAGAUGGGACCUCAGGGUCCACGAGGCAUCCAGGGUCCUCCCGGUCCAGCAGGAAAACCAGGCCGCAGGGGACGAGCUGGCAGCGACGGUGCCCGGGGAAUGCCCGGCCAGACGGGACCGAAGGGUGACCGAGGGUUUGAUGGCUUGGCUGGUUUACCUGGUGAGAAGGGAAAUAGAGGUGAGCCAGGCCCCCACGGACCCCCGGGGGCACCCGGAGAGGAUGGGGAGAGGGGAGAUGAUGGAGAAGUUGGACCCAGAGGUCUACCUGGAGAACCCGGACCCCGAGGACUGCUGGGACCGAAGGGGCCGCCGGGACCCCCGGGGCCACCGGGUGUGGCUGGUAUGGAUGGACAAACAGGUCCCAAGGGGAAUGUGGGUCCUCAAGGCGAGCCGGGUCCCCCAGGACAGCAGGGUAACCCAGGUGCUCAGGGUCUUCCAGGUCCACAAGGCGCCAUCGGUCCCCCAGGAGAGAAAGGGCCGCUGGGCAAACCUGGUCUUCCUGGCAUGCCUGGAGCAGAUGGUCCUCCGGGUCAUCCUGGCAAGGAAGGUCCUCCUGGAGAGAAGGGGAGUCAGGGUCCACCAGGUCCUCAGGGCCCCAUCGGUUAUCCAGGACCCCGCGGAGUCAAGGGAGCAGAUGGUGUUCGUGGAUUGAAAGGCACCAAAGGGGAAAAGGGUGAAGACGGCUUCCCUGGCUUCAAAGGUGAUAUGGGCAUCAAAGGAGACCGGGGGGAGAUUGGACCUCCUGGCCCCCGAGGUGAGGAUGGCCCUGAAGGUCCCAAAGGUCGCUCGGGCCCCAAUGGAGAUCCCGGUCCUCUCGGUCCUGCUGGAGAGAAGGGAAAACUCGGUGUGCCAGGACUGCCCGGCUACCCGGGCAGGCAGGGCCCAAAGGGCUCAAUCGGCUUCCCAGGAUUUCCAGGAGCCAACGGAGAGAAGGGCACACGGGGGACACCUGGCAAACCAGGUCCAAGGGGGCAGCGCGGUCCAACGGGUCCACGUGGGGAAAGAGGCCCUAGGGGAAGCACUGGGAAACCUGGCCCAAAGGGACCACCAGGGCCUCAAGGACCGACUGGAUUUCCUGGACCAAAAGGCCCCCCUGGUCCUCCUGGGAAGGAUGGAUUGCCUGGUCACCCCGGACAGAGAGGAGAAACCGGUUUCCAAGGCAAGACUGGCCCUCCAGGACCUCCCGGUGUCGUAGGCCCUCAGGGUCCGACUGGUGAGACUGGGCCGAUGGGUGAGCGGGGACAUCCAGGCCCUCCAGGUCCCCCGGGUGAACAAGGUCUUCCUGGCCUCACUGGGAAAGAAGGGACCAAGGGGGACCCCGGUCCCGCCGGCCUCCCAGGGAAGGACGGUCCCCCCGGCUUGCGAGGCUUCCCCGGAGAGAGAGGUCUCCCUGGCCCCAUUGGUGCCCCAGGGCUGAAAGGCAACGAAGGUCCCCCAGGCCCCCCAGGUCCAGCAGGCUCUCCCGGCGAGCGUGGUCCCGCGGGGUCAGCCGGCCCCAUAGGCUUGCCAGGGCGACCUGGCCCCCAGGGACCUCCAGGACCCGCAGGUGAAAAGGGCGCCCCGGGUGAGAAGGGUCCUCAAGGACCGGCUGGCCGGGACGGCAUCCAGGGCCCGGUGGGACUGCCAGGUCCAGCAGGUCCCGUCGGCCCCCCCGGAGAGGAUGGAGACAAGGGCGAGAUCGGGGAGCCUGGCCAGAAGGGCAGCAAGGGCGACAAAGGCGAGCAGGGUCCCCCAGGUCCUACCGGCCCUCAGGGUCCAAUCGGUCAGCCUGGCCCAGCUGGUGCCGACGGAGAGCCAGGUCCCAGAGGGCAGCAAGGCCUCUUUGGUCAGAAAGGUGACGAAGGACCCCGAGGUUUCCCUGGUCCCCCCGGCCCAGUGGGCUUGCAGGGCUUGCCUGGACCACCUGGUGAGAAGGGGGAAACAGGUGACGUUGGGCAGAUGGGCCCGCCAGGCCCACCUGGACCCAGAGGUCCAUCUGGACCACCAGGAGCAGAUGGUCCACAGGGUCCUCCUGGUGGAAUAGGAAAUCCCGGUGCAGUAGGAGAGAAGGGUGAACCUGGUGAAUCUGGUGAGCCUGGUCUUCCUGGCGAGGUUGGCCUCCCGGGUCCUAAAGGUGAAAGAGGUGAAAAGGGUGAAGCAGGUCCCUCUGGGGCUGCUGGUCCACCUGGCCCCAAAGGUCCACCAGGCGAUGAUGGUCCCAAAGGCAGCCCUGGUCCAGUUGGUUUCCCCGGUGACCCUGGUCCUCCUGGAGAACCUGGUCCAGCUGGUCAAGAUGGACCACCUGGUGACAAAGGUGAUGAUGGCGAACCUGGACAGACUGGUUCCCCUGGUCCCACGGGAGAGCCAGGCCCCUCCGGACCUCCAGGAAAAAGGGGCCCUCCUGGUCCAGCUGGUCCUGAAGGAAGGCAAGGAGAGAAAGGAGCCAAGGGUGAAGCUGGUUUGGAAGGACCUCCUGGGAAGACUGGCCCAAUUGGUCCCCAGGGUGCUCCAGGGAAGCCUGGCCCCGAUGGCCUUCGAGGGAUUCCUGGUCCAGUUGGUGAACAAGGUCUCCCAGGAUCCCCUGGCCCAGAUGGUCCUCCAGGCCCAAUGGGCCCACCGGGUUUGCCUGGUCUUAAAGGAGACUCUGGUCCUAAAGGGGAGAAGGGUCAUCCAGGUUUAAUUGGUCUUAUUGGACCGCCAGGAGAGCAGGGAGAAAAGGGUGACAGAGGUCUCCCAGGCCCCCAGGGCUCAGCAGGACCUAAAGGAGAGCAGGGUAUCACAGGUCCUUCUGGACCAAUUGGACCUCCAGGGCCACCAGGAUUACCGGGUCCACCUGGUCCCAAAGGUGCUAAAGGAUCAUCAGGUCCAACGGGUCCGAAGGGUGAAUCGGGUCUUCCUGGGCCCCCAGGGCCUCCUGGUCCUCCUGGAGAAGUCAUCCAGCCGCUGCCCAUCCAGGCUUCCAAGAGGACCAGGCGAAAUAUUGACGCCAGCCAGCUGGUGGACGAUGGAAAUGCCGACAACUACAUGGACUAUGCAGAUGGCAUGGAGGAAAUUUUCGGGUCGCUGAAUUCCUUGAAACUGGAAAUUGAGCAAAUGAAGCAUCCAUUGGGCACUCAACAUAACCCAGCGCGUACCUGCAAGGAUCUGCAGCUCUGUCACCCUGAUUUCCCAGACGGUGAAUACUGGGUUGAUCCUAACCAAGGAUGUUCCAGGGACUCUUUCAAAGUUUACUGUAAUUUCACAGCUGGUGGAGAGACUUGCAUCUUCCCUGAUAAGAAAUCUGAAGGAAGUAAAAUGGCUCGUUGGCCCAAAGAACAGCCUUCCACAUGGUAUAGUCAAUACAAGCGGGGGUCUCUGCUCUCCUACGUGGAUUCGGACGGGAACCCCAUCGGAGUGGUGCAGAUGACUUUCCUCCGGCUCCUGAGCGCCUCGGCCCACCAGAACAUCACUUACAACUGCUACCAGUCCGUAGCCUGGCACGACGCCACCACCAACAGCUACGACAAGGCCAUCCGCUUCCUGGGCUCCAACGACGAGGAGAUGUCCUACGACAACAACCCCUACAUCCGAGCCGUCCUCGACGGCUGCGCGGCAAAGAAGGGCUAUCAGAAGACUAUCCUGGAAAUCAACACGCCCAAAGUAGAGCAAGUACCUAUAGUCGACAUCAUGUUCAAUGACUUCGGAGAAGCGUCACAGAAAUUUGGAUUCGAGGUGGGACCAGCUUGCUUCAUGGGCUAAGAGCCACCUGAAAACUAGUCUCCAAAUGAGCAACCUCGUAACCUCAUUGCGCCAUUUAAUUAAUUAAAAAAAAAAAAAAAAAAAGAAAAAAGGAA